AUGGUACAAGAAGGUGCCGCUCCUGCUGCUGGAGCCGAUGCUGACGAUAUGAUCAUCAUUAGUGAUGACGAGAUACAACCCGGGGUUACUAAGGCAACCGAUACUGAGAGUACUUCAGAUACGCAACCACAUCCUCCCGAACAUGCAUCCACAAACGGGGUACCAGACAGGGAUACGGCCGAACAAGGGAGUGUGCCUCAGGUAGAUUCAGGUGUAGAGACCACACAGAAACCCAGUCCCACACACGCCAACGGGUCCACCGAGGCAGGCGCUGUAGGCGAUGGUGUUGCUGACGGCGCAGGUAAUGGGACAGACAAGAAUGCCACAGACAAGAACGUCACAGAUAAGAGUACUGACGCGAGCCAAGUACCCAGCACAGGCAGUAAGAAGGUCAAGCGGAAGGGAAUGGCUGCCGGUGAUGCUGACGCCCUGUCAUCGGACGAGGAGACCGAGAUGGAGAAAUGGUUCAAGAAACUGCCAGACAAGCACGAGGUUAAGACCGUCCGCGUGGAGCUGGAUAUGGAACUCGCACGAGAUUUCAGUCUACAGGAUAUCCUGGAUUCAGAGGAUGAGCGCGACAGAGAGUACAACAGACACCUGGCGGAAGAAGGCGCGCUUUCCGAAUCUGAGAUCAUGGAAGAA